AUGCAGCGCAGCUGGCGCCAAGACGCCGACAAACUAACCUUCAUCGUCUGCCGAUCUAUCACAGCAGACAAAGGCGACAUCCCCACCCAAACCCAACUGCAAACUGAAAGUGACUCCCCCUCCACCAUGGUCGGCGAUAUCAAUCUCUUCCUCCGCGUCGAUGACGGCGAGGAAGGCGACAGCCCGCCGCAGAUAGUCGGCGAGAUCGAGCUCAUGAUUGCCGAGAAAGUCAACCAGCGCCGUGGAUUUGGCCGUGCCGCGCUGCUUAUGUUCAUGCGGUAUAUCGUCCAGAACCAGGGGGCUAUUCUGGAUGAGUUUGUUGCGGGUGGGGAUGUUGGUGUUGAGACGGUGCGGAAAUUGAGGAUGGGGGUUGCGACGGAGGGGUCGCUGGAGGGGCUGGCGUUUGAGUGUCUUAGUGUUAAGAUUGGGCAGGCGAAUGUGAGGAGUUUGGCUUUGUUUGAGGGGCUUGGGUUUGAGAAGGUUUCGAAGGAGCCGAAUUUCUUUGGGGAGUUUGAGUUGCGCAGGUCGGAUCUGAGUCUUGCAGGUGUUGAUCGGGAGCUUGAGGAGGCGAAGGUGUGUGGGUUUAUUGCUUUGCCUUAUGAGCGGACGGAGUAG